AUGGCCACCCUUCGUGUUCUUUCUUUCGACACCGAGGGCCGCCCUGUAGAGUUCGACUCCUGGCUAGAUGACUUGCAGCUCUACCUCAUAAGCACCAGCAAAGACGAGAUCUCACUCUUUGACCACACCUCCGGGGCCCUAGCCGCUCCUGCUGACACAGCUGCCCUUAGCGAGCGCUCUCAGUGGCUGACGCGUGACGCUGCUGCCCGCCUUGCUAUCCGCAACCACCUGCCGCUAGCGGAACUCAAGCACUUUGGCGAGCACAAAACCGCUAACUCCCUGUACGACGCUGUAGUUGCUCGCUACUCCUCCCCUGCCACUGCUGCGCUCAGCCGCCUCAUGCUGCCGUACCUGUUGCCCGAGCUGUCGAGCUUUGCCACCGUAGCCGACCUCAUCACCCACCUUCGCUCUAGUGACGCUCGUGUCCGUGCCGCACUCCGCAAGGAGUUUGUUGCCCAGCACCCCCCUCCGAUGUACUGGACGCUCCACUUUAUAGUGACCCGCCUCCCUGACACCCUUCACUCACAUUUUAGUGUGGCUGCUGCUCGUAGCGCUCCUCGCACCCCCAUCUUUGAGGGGUGCGCUUCUUCCCCUCUUGCCCCCUCCUACGCCACUGCUGCCGCCGUAGACUUCCUCGGAGCCGACUCGGUUGGUGCUGCCUCCACUUCUACCGGGCGGCGCCACACCGGCAAGGGCAAGGGGGGCAAGGGCGGUGGUGGCGGUGGCGGCGGAGGAGGAGGUGGAGGAGGUGGGGGUGGCGGUGGGAGUGGAGGCAGUGGCGGCGGGAGGGCUGGUGGGACUGGUAGCGGCGGUGGUGGAGGUGUUGGUGGUGGCGGCGGUGGGAGUGGCGGUGGUGGCGGUAGUGGCGGUGGUAGCGGUAGCGGCGGUGGUGGAGGCAGCGGAGGCGGUGGCGGUCGUGGUGGAGGCGCUGGUCAGAGACAGCAGCAGCAACGGUCCCUUAUGCCUCAGCAGCUUCGUGAGUGGUUGGCUCAGAGGGGUACGUCUGGAGGUACUCGCUGUCCGUAUAUCAUUCGCACCGGUGAGCAUGCUGGUCAGACAUGCGGCAACCCCCACCCUCAGCAGCGUUGCUUCUCCCGCCUUGACGACGCCUGGCGUGAGGAGAUGGGUGCAAAGGUUGAGACCCCUCGCUGGUUUGAUCUGCUUAAGAAGGGUGUAGACAUCUUUGCUCUUGACUAUGAUGCUAUUCUUGCUACCAUGUAUGCAUUGUCUGUUAGUGCUGAGGGUGACUACUACCUGUGUCAGCCGCCGGAUCCAGGUAUAGAGCCAGCACCUCUUGGUGCUUGCGAGUCUGAGCUCUCAGGUACCGCGUCCGCUGCCUUAGGUACGGGUGAGUCUGCGCUGUCAGUUACUGCGCCUUCUAUCGCCUUGCACACCUUCACUCUUGACUCAGGUGCUUCCAGGUGUUUCUUCCGUGACAGCACAGCCCUCACACCGCUGACCCUGGCUGACCCCUCAGGGGGUCCAGUCCUUGCACGGUCUACCACUGUGCUUCCUUGCCCAGCGGUCCCGUCUAGUUCGAUGUCAGGUCUCCACCUCCCCACGUUCUCUAUGAACUUGGUGAGCAACGAUGUCCAGGUCCACUGGGUUUAUACCUUCACCCCUGGAGGACAGCGUGUGGCGAUCUGUACGUGCUCCAGGACUGGGCGACACCUAGCCACGUUCACGCGUGCGCCAGGGUCGAGCCAUUACACACUGACCACUGUGUCUCCCCAGGUAGUUGCUGUCGGUCAGACGUCUACGUCAGGUCAGCUGGACUCCCCCUCCUUGUGUCGCUCCCUGUCGCACCAGACCGUUCUCUGGCACCACCGUCUGGGCCACCCCUCCAUGCCCCAUCUUCGUGACAUGCACCGUCGCGUCCUUGUGUCUGGUCUUCCCCGGACCUUGCCUCCCCUCCCUACUUCGCCUGCCCCGGCCUGCCUUCCUUGCGUCGAGGGGCGGCAGCGCGCCGCUCCUCACUCCUCCUCGUUUCCUCCGACAGAGGCUCCGCUGCAGACUCUCCACAUGGACGUGUGGGGCACCGCCCAUGUUAGCGGACGGGGUGGAGAGCGGUACUUCCUGCUGGUAGUUGACGACUACUCUACACCACGGAGGUUUCAGACCGUCCUCCCUGUUCUGCGUCUGCACUCUGAGAGGGGCGGAGAGUUUGCCUCCGACCUCUUGCGCGGCUUCUGUCAGGAGGAGGGCAUCACCCAGUCUUACACGCUUCCGGGCUCACCGCAGCAAAAUGGGGUUGCUGAGCGCCGCAUUGGCCUGAUCAUGGAGAUUGCUCGUACCUCCUUGAUCCAUGCGGCGGCUCCCUAUUUUCUGUGGUCGUUUGCGGUCAGGUACGUCGCACAGCAACUCAACCUCUGGCUCCGUGUCUCCGUUCCGGAGACCUCGCCCACACUUCGGUGGACAGGGGAGGUUGGAGAUGCGUCGGUGUUCCGGGACGUCACUUUUGACGAGUCGGUCCCUUGCUACCGCCUCUUUCCCUACCGCACUGCUCCUCUCCCUCCCCCGCCGCUCUUCCUCGCUCCAGCUGAGCAUGUCGAGGUCACUAGCGUCUCAGGUGCUGCUAAGGGUGGUACUGCUCGAGGUGCUGCGUCUGGAGGUGCUGGGCCACGGCGUGAGAUUCUAGAGGGUGCGGGGCCUGAGGGUGCUGAGCCGGUGCGUGAGGUGCUGGAGGGUGCGGAGCCUGGGGGUGCUGAGCCGGUGCGUGAGGUGCUGGAGGGUGCGGAGCCUGGGGGUGCUGUGCCGGUGCGUGAGGUCCUAGAGGGUGCAGAGCCUGGGCGCGCUCAGACUGAGGGUGCUGGACCGGUUUCUCGCCGGCCCCUUACACCAGCGGAGCUGCAAGAGUGGUUUGCGGUUCGUCAGCGACUGAGGAGACGUCUUCGCGUUGGCGGUACUGCAGCUGGUGCUGGAGACACUCGUGCUACCGCAGGCCUUGGAGGUGCUCGUACUGGAGGUACUCGAGCUGCCGGGGCCGGUGGUUCUGGAGGUGCUGCUGGAGCUGCCGGUGGAGCUGGUGGUGCUGCUGUUGGUGCUCCUAGUGCAGGAGCUGCUGGAGGUGCUGCUGGAGCUACCGGUGGAGCUGGUGGAGCUGCUAGAGCUGGUGGUGGUGCUGCUGUUGGUGUUGCUGGUGCUGGAGCUGCUGGUGGUGCUGCUGUCGGCUCUGGGGGUGCUGGAGCUGCUGGAGGUGCUGCUGGAGCUGCUGGUGGUGCUGCUGUUGGUGCUGCUGGUGCUAGAGCUGCUGGUGGUGCUGCUGUUGGCUCUCGGGGUGCUGGAGCUGCUGGAGGUGCUGCUGGAGCUCCUGGUCGUGCUGUUGUUGGCUCUCGGGGUGCUGCGCGGCCACGACCGUACUUCGUUCCGCUCCUUGAGCAGCCCACCUCCCCACUGCCUGCUCCGUCUCCGUACGCUGGUCCGAUAGGAGGUCUUGCUGAGCGUCGUGAGCCUGCGUCUCGUCCUGCAUUGCUUGUUCGUGUUGCUUGCGCUAGUCGUCAUAGUCUGCGUCCUCCUCCUAUCGCUGGCACGCACCGGAUGACUCUGCGUCCUUCCACUGCUCCACAGCGUAUUCCUCUGCCGUCGCCUCCUGAGUCCUCUCUUCCUGCCCUUGCUGACCCGGAGUCUGACUACCUUCGUGCUACUAGUCCCACUGUCACGCGUCUCCUUGCUACUGUUGUCACUGACCCUUCCUUUGAGUCUGCUGCUGCAUCUGCUCUGGUUGCCGAUCUUGUCGACUUUGCUGCUCGCUGUCGUCUAGACUACGCUGCUAGUCUUGUUGGUGAGUCUGAGUCUGUUUGUCCUCCGUCUGUCGGGGGUGAGUGUGCCCUUGGCACGGAUGUCCUUGAGGACAGGCAGGAGGAGUUCCAGUGUUUGGCUGCUGCUUCACCUCAUCUCGUGUCCAUGCUGCUUGCCCCUGUGGGAGACCCGGAUGCACUUGACAUCCCGACUCCUCGCUCUUACGCAGAGGCGGUUGAGGGUCCCUACUCCUCUCAGUGGCAGGCAGCCAUGGAUGCAGAGAUGGCUUCCUGGAAGUCCACAGGCACCUACAUCAACGAGGUUCCCCCACCUGGGGCGAACAUUAUUGAUGGCAAGUGGAUCUUCAGGGUGAAGCGGUCGCCGGGUUCUCCGCCUGUCUUCAAGGCGCGUUACGUGGCUCGUGGCUUCAAUCAGCGACAGGGAGUUGACUACUUUCAGACCUCUCCCACCCCGAAGAUGACCACUCUUCGGGUACUGCUGCACGUUGCUGCUCAGCAUGACUACGAGCUUCACUCUCUUGACUUCAGCACAGCCUUUCUACAGGGCAGCCUGCACGAGGAGAUCUGGCUGCGCCGCCCACCUGGCUUCACUGGGUCGUUUCCCCUGGUACCCAGUGGAGCCUCCGGCGGCUAG